CUGCGGACGGUGGCAUCAGUGAGUGCAAAGGGGCGAAACAAGGGAGCAUUUGGCCGACUUUCAAAAUAACUGCAUUAUAAAAACUGGACGCGCUGGAUAGCAACUCAUUCAUCUCUUUGUGUACGUAGGUCUCAUCGCUGACAGCCCUUGGUGGCCUAUUUUUAGUUGCUCAUGCCGGAGAUGGCACAGCGGAGUGGGCAAGAGGACCCUGAGCGAUACCUCUUUGUGGACCGGGCAGUGGUCUACAACCCAGCUUGUCAGGCUGACUGGACGGCCAAAAAGCUGGUGUGGGUGCCUUCUGAGCGGCAUGGGUUCGAGGCGGCAAGCAUCCGAGAGGAACGUGGAGAGGAGGUUUUCGUAGAGCUGGCUGAAAAUGGCAAGAAGGCACUUGUGAACAAGGAUGACAUCCAAAAGAUGAACCCACCAAAGUUCAGCAAGGUGGAGGAUAUGGCAGAGCUCACCUGCCUGAAUGAAGCCUCAGUGUUGCACAAUCUGAAGGAUCGAUACUACUCUGGUCUCAUAUACACAUACUCUGGGCUCUUCUGCGUGGUCAUAAACCCAUACAAAAACCUCCCCAUAUACUGCGAGAACAUCAUUGAGAUGUACAGGGGCAAGAAGAGGCACGAAAUGCCACCUCAUAUCUAUGCCAUUUCUGAGUCUGCCUACAGAUGCAUGCUUCAAGACCGUGAGGACCAAUCCAUUCUUUGCACAGGGGAAUCAGGUGCUGGAAAGACAGAAAACACCAAAAUAGUCAUCCAGUAUCUGGCUCACGUCGCAUCCUCUCACAAAGGAAGGAAAGAUCACAACAUUCCACCAGAAUCACCUAAAGCAGUCAAACUCCAGAACGGAAUCCUGUUUUAUGGAGAGUUAGAGCGUCAACUCCUGCAGGCAAACCCUAUUCUGGAAUCCUUUGGGAAUGCCAAAACAGUGAAAAAUGACAACUCUUCACGCUUUGGCAAGUUUAUCCGCAUCAACUUUGAUGUAACUGGUUACAUUGUGGGGGCCAACAUUGAAACCUAUCUUCUUGAAAAGUCCAGGGCCAUUCGCCAAGCCAAAGAUGAACGCACCUUCCACAUCUUCUACCAGCUGUUGGCUGGUGCUGGGGAACAUCUCAGAUCUGAUUUACUCCUAGAGGGCUUCAAUAACUACCGGUUUCUCUCCAAUGGUAACAUUCCCAUUCCUGGCCAACAGGACAAGGACAAUUUUCAAGAGACCAUGGAGGCCAUGCAUAUUAUGAGCUUUUCCCAUGAUGAAAUUUUAUCAAUGCUGAAGGUGGUAUCGGCUGUUCUGCAGUUUGGCAACAUUUUGUUCAAGAAGGAGAGGAACACCGAUCAGGCCUCUAUGCCAGAAAACACUGCUGCUCAAAAGCUUUGCCACCUACUUGGCAUGAAUGUCAUGGAAUUCACACGUGCCAUUCUGUCCCCAAGAAUCAAAGUGGGCAGAGACUAUGUACAGAAGGCCCAAACUAAAGAACAGGCUGACUUUGCGGUGGAGGCUCUGGCCAAGGCCACGUACGAAAGGUUGUUCCGUUGGCUCGUUCACCGCAUAAAUAAAGCUCUGGACAGGACCAAGCGCCAGGGAGCUUCCUUCAUUGGCAUUUUGGACAUUGCUGGCUUUGAGAUAUUCCAGUUGAACUCAUUUGAACAGCUCUGCAUUAACUACACCAACGAGAAGCUCCAGCAGCUUUUCAACCACACCAUGUUCAUCCUAGAGCAGGAAGAGUACCAGCGUGAAGGCAUUGAAUGGAGCUUCAUCGACUUUGGCCUCGACUUGCAGCCCUGCAUUGACCUCAUAGAGAGACCGGCAAAUCCUCCUGGUGUGUUGGCUCUGUUGGAUGAGGAGUGCUGGUUCCCUAAAGCCACUGAUAAAACAUUUGUGGACAAACUGGUGCAGGAGCAGGGCACUCAUACAAAAUUCCAGAAACCACGGCAGCUAAAGGACAAGGCUGAUUUCUGCAUCAUUCACUAUGCUGGCAAGGUUGACUACAAGGCAGAUGAGUGGUUAAUGAAAAACAUGGACCCUCUAAAUGACAAUGUGGCCACGCUCCUGCACCAGUCCACGGAUAAGUUUGUGGCUGAACUGUGGAAGGACGUGGACCGUAUUGUUGGUUUGGACCAAGUGGCAGGAAUGAACGAGACUGCGUUUGGAGCUACAUAUAAGACCAAGAAGGGCAUGUUCCGUACAGUGGGUCAGCUCUAUAAAGAGUCUCUUACAAAACUGAUGGCCACACUCAGGAACACCAACCCCAACUUUGUCCGCUGUAUCAUCCCCAAUCAUGAGAAAAGAGCUGGAAAACUGGAGCCCCACCUGGUUCUAGAUCAGCUGAGGUGUAAUGGGGUUCUAGAGGGGAUCAGGAUCUGCCGACAGGGAUUUCCCAACCGUAUUGUCUUCCAAGAGUUUAGACAAAGAUAUGAGAUCCUUACUCCCAAUGCAAUCCCCAAAGGUUUUAUGGAUGGCAAGCAGGCUUGUGAAAGAAUGAUCAGAGCAUUGGAGCUUGACCCAAACCUCUUCCGGAUCGGUCAGAGUAAAAUCUUCUUCCGCACUGGAGUUUUAGCACACCUGGAAGAAGAGAGAGACCUGAAAAUAACAGACAUAAUCAUCUACUUUCAGUCAGUCUGUCGAGGAUACCUGUCUCGCAAAGCCUUCGCUAAAAAACAACAGCAGCUCAGUGCUUUAAAAGUGCUCCAGAGAAACUGUGCCGCCUAUCUGAAACUACGCCACUGGCAAUGGUGGAGACUCUUCACCAAGGUGAAACCCCUCUUGCAGGUGACCCGUCAGGAAGAGGAGAUGCAAGCCAAGGAUGAGGAGCUUGUUAAAGUGAAGGAGAGGCAGGUGAAAGUGGAGAGCGAGCUUGUGGAAAUGGAGCGAAAACACCAGCAGCUCUCGGAAGAGAAGAACAUCUUGGCAGAGCAACUGCAGGCCGAGACGGAAUUGUUUGCCGAAGCAGAAGAGAUGAGGGCUCGUCUGGUAGCUAAAAAACAAGAGCUGGAGGAGAUCCUCCAUGACCUGGAGUCUCGUGUGGAGGAGGAAGAGGAGCGGAAUCAGUCUUUGCAGAAUGAGAAGAAGAAAAUGCAGUCGCACGUACAGGACUUGGAGGAACAGCUGGAUGAAGAGGAGGCUGCACGACAGAAACUUCAGCUGGAGAAGGUGACAGCUGAAGCUAAAAUUAAAAAGAUGGAGGAGGAUAUUCUGCUGUUGGAGGACCAGAACUCCAAAUUUCUGAAGGAAAAGAAACUCCUGGAAGACCGUGUCAGCGAAAUGACCUCCCAGCUGGCUGAGGAAGAGGAGAAAGCCAAGAACCUUGGCAAAGUCAAGAACAAGCAAGAAAUGAUGAUGGUAGAUCUGGAAGAGCGUCUGAAGAAGGAAGAGAAAACACGGCAAGAACUUGAGAAAGCCAAGCGAAAGCUGGAUGGUGAGACCACAGACCUACAAGAUCAGAUAGCUGAGCUGCAGGCCCAAAUCGAGGAACUCAAGAUCCAGCUGGCCAAGAAAGAAGAGGAACUACAAGCUGUACUGGCCAGAGGUGAUGAGGAGGUUGCUCAGAAGAACAAUGCCCUGAAGCAGGUGCGGGAGCUGCAAGCCCAGCUAGCUGAACUGCAGGAAGAUCUAGAGUCUGAGAAAGCAGCCCGAAACAAAGCAGAGAAACUCAAGAGAGAUCUGAGUGAGGAGCUGGAGGCUCUAAAGACUGAGCUGGAAGACACCCUGGACACCACUGCUGCUCAACAGGAGCUGAGGUCCAAACGAGAGCAGGAGGUGGCAGAACUAAAGAAGGCCAUUGAUGACGAAACGAGAAACCAUGAGUCUCAGAUCCAGGAGAUGAGGCAAAGGCAUGGCACAGCUCUGGAGGAGAUCUCUGAGCAGCUGGAGCAGGCCAAGAGAGUUAAGACAAAUCUGGAGAAAAACAAACAGACUUUGGAGAGUGAUAAUAAGGAGUUGUCCGGUGAGGUGAAAGGUUUGCAGCAGGCCAAGUCUGAGUCGGAGCACAAGAGAAAGAAACUAGAGGCUCAGCUACAGGAGUUCAUGGCGCGCUUCACUGAAGGAGAGAAGGUUAAAGGAGAACUUUCAGACCGCUCCCAUAAACUACAGGUGGAACUAGACAAUGUUUCUGCUCUUCUGGAAGAUGCUGAGAAGAAGGGAAUCAAAUCGGCCAAAGACGCCUCCAGCCUUGAGAGUCAGCUGCAGGACACUCAGGAACUACUUCAAGAGGAAACGCGGCAGAAACUGAACCUGAGCAGCUGUAUCCGUCAGCUGGAGGAAGAGAAGAACAGCUUGCUGGAGCAGCAGGAGGAGGAAGAGGAGGCACGCAGGAACCUGGAGAGACAACUGGCAACCCUACAAGCCCAGCUGGUUGAGACGAAGAAGAAGCUGGAGGAUGAUGUGGGAACCCUGGAGGGUCUUGAGGAGGUCAAGAGGAAGCUACAGAAGGACAUGGAGGGGGUCAGUCAGAAACUGGAAGAAAAAGUCAUCGCUUAUGACAAGCUGGAGAAAACCAAGAACAGACUGCAGCAGGAGCUUGAUGACCUCAUGGUGGACCUGGACCACCAAAGACAGAUCGUCUCGAACCUAGAGAAGAAACAGAAGAAGUUUGACCAGAUGCUGGCAGAGGAGAAGACCAUCUCGGCACGUUACGCUGAGGAGAGAGACCGUGCUGAGGCUGAGGCCAGAGAGAAGGAUACCAAAGCUCUGUCUAUGGCCCGGGCCCUGGAUGAGGCUCUGGAAGCUAAAGAGGAAUUUGAGAGGCUCAACAAGCAGCUCAGAGCCGAGAUGGAGGACCUGAUGAGUUCGAAGGAUGAUGUAGGCAAGAAUGUCCAUGAGCUGGAAAAAUCCAAACGCACUCUGGAGCAGCAGGUGGAGGAGAUGCGCACGCAGCUAGAAGAGCUGGAGGAUGAACUACAGGCCACAGAAGAUGCCAAGCUGCGCCUGGAGGUCAACAUGCAGGCCAUGAAGGCCCAGUUUGACCGAGACCUUCAGGCCAGAGAUGAGCAGAAUGAGGAGAAGAAGAGAACACUGGUCAAACAGGUGCGUGAGAUGGAGGCGGAGCUUGAAGAUGAAAGGAAACAGAGAGCUCUCGCUGUUGCAGCCAAGAAGAAACUGGAAAUGGACCUAAAAGAUGCGGAAGUACAGAUCGAGGCUGCAAACAAGGCCCGUGAUGAGGCCAUCAAACAACUGCGCAAACUCCAGGCCCAGAUGAAGGACUACCAGCGGGAGCUGGAGGAGGCACGCGCCUCUCGUGAUGAGAUAUUCGCUCAGUCUAAGGAGAACGAGAAGAAACUCAAGAGUCUCGAAGCUGAGAUUCUGCAGCUGCAAGAGGACCUGGCAUCUUCAGAGAGAGCCAGACGACAUGCUGAACAGGAAAAAGAUGAGCUUGCAGAUGAGAUUUCCAACAGCACUUCUGGAAAGGCAGCUCUUUUGGAUGAGAAAAGGAGGCUGGAAGCUCGUAUCGCCCAGCUGGAGGAAGAACUAGAGGAGGAGCAGAGCAAUAUGGAGCUCUUGAAUGACCGCUUCCGCAAGACCACAAUGCAGGUGGACACUUUGAACACAGAGCUGACGGGAGAGCGCAGUGCCGCCCAGAAGAGUGAAAACGCCCGUCAGCAGCUGGAGAGGCAAAACAAAGAGUUGAAGGCCAAACUGCAGGAACUGGAGGGAUCCAUCAAAUCCAAGUUUAAGGCUUCUAUCGCUGCCCUGGAAGCCAAGAUUAUCCAGCUAGAGGAGCAGCUUGAACAGGAAGCAAAAGAGAGAGCUGCAGCCAAUAAGAUUGUACGUCGCACAGAGAAGAAACUGAAGGAGGUGUUCAUGCAAGUGGAGGAUGAACGUCGCCAUGCCGACCAGUACAAGGAGCAGAUGGAAAAGGCAAACUUGCGCAUGAAGCAGCUGAAGAGGCAGCUGGAGGAGGCAGAGGAGGAGGCAACUCGAGCAAAUGCCUCCCGAAGGAAGCUUCAGAGAGAGCUGGAUGAUGCCACUGAAGCCAGCGAGGGUUUGAGCCGUGAAGUCAGCACUCUCAAAAACCGCCUCAGGCGAGGAGGUCCCGUCAGCUUCUCGUCAAGCCGCUCUGGACGCAGACAGCUGCAGGUGGAAGGAGAAUUCUCUGAUGAUGAUGCAGACAGCAAGGCCAGUGACCUGAAUGAGAACCAGUCAGCUCAUGCAGAGUAGAGCACGGUGCCCUCCUGUGGCCAUUUAGCCCCACUGCUUUCUCCGCUCCAAAUGUCAUCUUGCAGCCCAAGUCUUCUCCUUUCUCUAGAAGCAGUGGCGAUGGGACCAGCGAGCGAUGUGCACACACACACACACACACACACACACACACACACACACACACACACACACAGCACUAACACCUUUCCAUACCCACAAAAUACAUGCCACUGUGUGCUUUAGAAAAAUCCACUUGCCCCACACAUGCGUGCAACCCUAAGUUUCUAUCCCCUCCCCUAACAUGGGAGUGUCAACUCUGCCUUACUCUAAAUACGACAUGCUUCAUGACCAGGUGUACAUCUGCUAAUAAGUAUUACAGUGCAACAGUAGCCUUCAAAGUACAUGAAAUAUUACAAUCAAGACAGAACAUUAUAGAAGUGCAGUCACAUGAAACUGUGCACAGGAUAUUCAUGUCCUCACAGCAGGGACAGUAUUCACUUGAAUCUAAUUUUGUAAUGUAAACCUUUCGCCUUGCUAAGCAAAUGUGACGGAUUGGGUUGUACGGUACAGCUCUCCAAAUAAACCGAUCUGUAGAUUGUUGUAUCCAUAGAGAUGCAUGUGCUGCUUGUUUGCUACAAGUUAACACUUAAAAGAAAAGGGAAAAAGGUCCUGUGGCAAAUCCCGGAUUGGAUCGGAAGGAGAAAAUGUGAAAAAGGUUCAGCAUCUCAAUACAUUUCAAGUGCAUUGAACAAAUAACUUGGUUAAAAUGUAAAACAAUAUGGCAGGUGACUGCUUUUGUGAUUGAUCUUCAUUAAAUUCAAGGCCUGUUUGAUUUUAUUUCGCUAAAACUAUUUAGAGAUUCAGUCGACGGAGGCAUUUUGUGUUUUCAAGAAUUUGUUUGUAACUGUAAAUUGCUAUUAACUGCACAUCACAGGAAAAGCCAUACAAGGCCACUUCAACUGGAAAGGAUAUAUGAAGUACUCUGGAAGCAUAUGCAUGUCAAGAUGAAGAACUUUGACCUUUAUUCAAGUUGUCUCAAUAGUGUUUUUUCCCCUGUAUGUGAUACAAAUUGAUGGUACUGCUCAAAUCCAGCUGCUCUAUCUAUAGUUAGAUACACUACAAAUAAAUACAUAAUAGAAGUGGACUUAGAUGAAGGAAGACUAAUUGUUUGCAACACUUCAGUUGGUUGGUGGUUUGAGAUCAUUGUUUAAAGACUAUGAGUUUGCCAUAAAGAGUAUAGCUAUGGAUGUAAUGCUUCAGACACUAUAGUAGAAUUGCUCUCAUCAGUAUUAUACAAUAAGAGGAUGAAAGGAAACGGUACUAAUCAUUUCCAAUGUUAGCAUUUAAUGACGUUUUUUUUUUUUUAAAGUGCCUUAGACACUAAUUAGAAAACAUCCACAAAUAUAAAGAAAUUUAAAUAAAAACAAAUGCUAUGUAAGCCUUUUGUUAUUUUUUAUUUUACUGUGCUAUGAAUCAUAUCCAUUAUAUAGGUCUCCCAUUCCUGGUAUUCUCAUUAAAACAUGGGAGAAAAACAGUACUCAACCAUUUGAGGUAAAGAAGCUUCUGGCAGCAAGGAGCAAGCAUGAUUUCAUUUGGUAUUAACGCUUUAUCAUCCAUGAUCUAGUUACUAUUAUUACAGAGCUAAAUUAUCCCUUCUAUCAUUGGAUUGGCUGUUGACAACCAAGCAUUCAACUGCAAAUGUCUCUACUCUAGUUUUUCUCUUGUAUACUGUAACUAUUUCUAGAUGACAGUGAGUUUUGUAAAGGAAAAAAUAAAACAUUCGUUGUAGAAGCAUGGUUUAUUUU